AUGGAAGUCCUAGAACUCUAUGAACUCAGCUACUCUGAUCUCCUACUUGUGUCGUCAAAUAAUGUCUCACUGGAAGAGCUUGAAAGGGUGGAGUUAUCUAGCAAAGCUAUAAUGGAAGCCCUAGGGCCCAUGGGCCCAGGUCUGCUGUCCAUCAUCGGUGUCCCCAAAGCCGCCGCUCUCCGCUGGAACCUCCUCCCUCUGGCUCGGAAGCUAGCCCUUAUGGACCCUAAUCACCGCAAGCUUAUUCUCAAGGAUCACAAAUUGGGGAGUGAUGUGCCUUUGAAAAACCCAGAUAGAAAAGUUUCAUCUUUUGCUAUGCAAAUCAAAUAUUCAAAUGAUAUUGAAGAUACUCGUGUGAAUUCAGAGCAUGAAUUAGUGAGUGGAUUUGAUAAUCUUGGAAAUGGGUUUAGGGAGUUGGGAAUUUGCAUGAUGGAGCUUGGUCUUAGGUUAGCUAGAAUUUGUGAUAGAGCCAUUGGUGGCCAAGAGCUUGAGCAGAGCUUAUUGGAAUCUGGCACUGCCAAAGCUCGGCUUAUACAUUAUCAUUCAGUUCUAGAGAAAACCAUUCUGGUUCAGGAAGCUAGACCAAAAAAGGCCGUGAGUUCAAAGAGGAUUCGGAUUGGUGAUGAAGUUAAACGGUCAGGUGGAGAUGAUUCUAGUAAUCUGUGGCAACAAUGGCAUUAUGAUUAUGGGAUUUUCACUGUGUUGACAGCUCCAUUGUUUGUAUUGGCUUCUAAUGCGCAAGCAUCAGAAGAAAGGGAAGAAGAAUGUGCUUACCCCAACGGGCAUACUUAUUUGCAAAUAUUUGAUCCAAGCAAGAAAAAUGUGUUCAUGGUGAAGGCUUCUCCUGAGAGUUUUAUCAUUCAGGUUGGAGAGUCGGCUGAUAUCAUAUCGCGAGGAAAGCUUUGUGCCACCCUUCAUUCGGUUGCUAGACCUCCCAAGUUUGAACAUUUGAGCAGAGAAACUUUUGUUCUAUUCUUGCAGCCUGCUUGGAACAAGACUUUCUCUACAGAAGAUUAUCCCAUGAACCAGAUCUCGGGGACAUCUAAGGAGAUAAAAUGCGAUGAUGAGUCAGAAAGUCGUAGGAUAACUGAAGAAAUACAGAAAAUUGUACCACCUCUGGCAAUGCGAUUGAAGAAUAGCAUGACAUUUGCAGACUUCUCGCGCGAAACCACCAAACAAUACUAUGGUGGCACUGGUUUGCAGUCAAACAAAUAA